AGGGGACUACGUCGCAAAUAAGAGAAAUGCAGAAAUGAAGAAAAUUGGGUGAAUUCGUGUUUGCAGAAGACAAAUGGCGAGGUUUUCAAUUGAAGAUGAUGGAGACGAAGCCCGCCCUUCCAAUAAACGCCCCCGACUCAACCCCACACGCCGCCCGGUAGCCGCCGCCACAAAUUCCCGCGACCGCCCCACCCCUUCCGCCGCCGCUCCGCAGCGAAUUACACCUCUGGAAAGUGAACAAAGCACCGACGAAUCGGACUCGUCGUGGUCCGAUUCCUUUGACGAUUCCUCCACGGAAGAAUCGGGUGAAGAGGGAGAAAAUGUACAACAGCAACCAACUCCACGAAACGGCGACGUAUUACUACCCGCUGAAGCCAGUGGAAGUGAUACCUCCAGCGGCUCCAUUUCCGUCACCCUAACGGAUCCUGAUGUUCUCGAUUGCCCCAUUUGCUAUGUCCCCCUCUGCUCGCCCGUUUAUCAGUGUGAGAAUGGGCAUAUAGCAUGUGCAUCAUGCUGCACCACAAUGAAGAACAAAUGUGCAAGUUGCUGCUGGCCAAUUGGAUACAACCGCUGCAGGGCCAUCGAGAAGGUACUUGAAUCAGUGAGGGUUGCAUGUCGAAACUUGCCACGUGGCUGCUUGCAGAAAUUCAGUUACAGUAAGAAGCUUGCUCAUGAAAAGAUAUGCAAUUUUUCUGCUAUUUCAUGCCCUCAUACUGGUUGUGACUUUGCUAGUUUCUCCAAGUCUGUGUAUGCGCACUUUGCUCUGAAACAUUCACAGUUCUCCAAACUAUUUUGUUUCAAUGAGGUGAUCUCACUCUCAUUGGACAAAGAUCAGAAACAUGUUUUUCUGCAAGAAAAGAACAUGAACACAGUAUUCAUCCUCAACCGGACUGUUGAGACUGUGGGGAGUUUUGUGAAUGUUGUUUGUGUUGCACCAGCUGCAGCAAAGAAAGCAUAUUUAUUUGAUCUAACAGCAACUGUUGGAGAGAGCUCGAUCAAAUUGAAAUCAGUUGUGGAUGUCAUGCCAAAAUGGAUGGCCGAGCCCCCGGCUGACCCCCCUACAAAAUUAUAUCUCAUAGUUCCUAAAGCUUUUAUUAGCAUAAGUGGAGUGAUGAAAUUAGAACUUAAAAUAUUUAGGGACGUGCAUCACAAUUAUAUCUUGUAGUUCCUAAAGAUUUUAUUAGCCUAAGUGGAAUGAUGAAAUUGCAACUUAGCAUGUGGAGGAGCGUAAGUUGCCUUAGACGCUUAUAGUGCUUGUGUUGUUCGUUGUAGUCAAAUGUAAUGAUUUACAUACCGAAUCACCAUAUGUAUAUUUAUCUGGAAUUGUUCUGAUUGUAACUGCAUUUGUGGUGUAAUAAGUUGGAUGUAGACAAGCAAGGCUCAGUUUAUUCAUCUUCUUCAUCUGGUAACUUUUUCUCUCUA